AUGUGCAGGAUGUCGUUCAAGAAAGAAACACCACUUGCCAAUGCUGCGUUUUGGGCUGCGAGAAAAGGAAACCUGGCUCUCCUCCAGCUGCUGCUGAACAGUGGGCGAGUAGAUGUGGACUGCAAAGAUAGCCUUGGCACAACAGCUCUGAUGGUAGCUUCUUACUAUGGCCACAUAGAUUGUGUACGGGAAUUGGUGUUGCAAGGAGCAGAUAUCAAUCUGCAGAGAGAGUCAGGUGCAACUUCUCUGUUCUUUGCUGCACAGCAAGGCCACAACGAUGUAGUGAAGUUUCUCUUUGAAUUUGGAGCCUCCACUGAAUUUAAGAAUAAAGACGGAGGUACUGCUCUUCUAGCUGCUUGUCAGUAUGGGCAUGCAAAAGUAGUGGAAACUCUGUUGAAGCACGGUGCCAACAUUCAUGACCAACUUUAUGAUGGAGCUUCUGCUAUUUUCCUGGCAGCACAAGGAGGCUAUCUGGAUGUCAUCCGAUUGCUGCUUUCUUCAGGAGCAAAGGUUAACCAGCCACGGCAGGAUGGGACGGCUCCCUUGUGGAUUGCAUCCCAAAUGGGCCACAGUGAAGUGGUGCGAGUAAUGCUGCUCCGGGGAGCCGAGCGAGACGCCGCACGGGAUGAUGGUACAACUGCUUUACUGAAGGCUGCCAUAAAAGGGUACAACAACGUAAUAGAAGAGUUGCUGAAAUUCUCUCCCACUCUUGGGCUGCUGAAGAAUGGGACCACUGCACUCCACGCAGCCGUCCUGAGCGGCAACGCGAAGACAGUGGCCCUGCUCCUUGAAGCAGGAGCAGACCCAUGCCUGAGGAACAAGGCAAACGAGCUGCCAGCAGAACUAACACAAAAUGAACGCAUCCUGCGACUCCUCUGCAUGAAGGAAAAGCAAAGGAAAAGCUAA